AUGCCGCCGAGCUGGUUGCUGGGGAACUGGUUCAUCACCUAUUCCAACCAAGAGCUGUACCAUGUCUUUCGGAAUUUCAUCUGGACCCUCACGCGGCCUUGUGCGGACGACGUCUGCUACUCGCUCGACGCCACGCACCUCAGCGACCUGGCGUCCUUCCAGCUCGUGAACGACACGCAGAGACCCAACGCCACCUACUUCGGAUACUCGCUUGACACCGCCAUCGCCGAGAGCGCCUACCACAGCGUGCCCACGGGCUCGCUCGCCUCGCAGAACAACACAUACGAAGUCCUCAGCUGGGGCUAUGACUCCCUGGGCGCGGCCUUCGUGGUUGUGUAUGAGACGCCUGCCAUGUCGGAGACGGUAGCGUCCCUGGACAUUUUCAGCCGAGACCCUGCGGGGCCGAGCAAUGACACUCUGGACGCCAUCGAGGCUGGGAUUCAAAGGCUGGGAAACAAGAACCUCAUUGACUUGUUGACAAACGUGACCAAGACACCGCAAGACGGAGGUAGGGACAACGAUCCGUGGCCGUCGUGUAAUGCGACGUGUAGGACCAACGGUGCGUGA